UCUUCAACUAAACGUCAAAAAUUUGGAAAACUUCAAAAAUGAACAAAUUAAAUGUAUAAAAACGUUGUAAGGUAUUUACGUGGUUUAAUAGAAAGAAAAAUGCCAAACUUGCGAUACUUUAUCAACGCUUACCCCGAUUACAACGUGAAUAGCGAUGGGAUACCCGAUGUGCCUCGCGAAGAGCUGAAAUUAAAAGUUAACGAAAUUAUUAACAGAAUUGUGGACAAAGUGCAAGCAAUAGAAAAAAAUGCGGGCGACGGUUUGUAUCUGGGCACUGCAGGAAUAUCCUACAUGUACUACCACCUAAGCAAAAAUAUAAUAUUCCGGGAAGAACAAACCGAUCUACUGGGCGAGGCAGUCAAAUUUCUCAAGCCCGCGAUAAACGUGGCAACAUACAACACCCGGCAUCCCGCGGAUCUGCCUUCUUUCGUUUUGGGCAACUGCGGCAUUUACGCCGUGUCGGCGGCCAUUUACGAGGCUCUGGGCGACUCUAACACGAGCAAGUUGUUCGUGCAGCUGUAUCAGGAGACUGGAAGGGUUUGCAGGGAGCCCAAAUUCUUAAACUGCGGGUCCGAUGAACUCUUCGUCGGAAGAGCCGGUUACGUUUUGGGGGCGUUGUGGCUAUCGAAAGUGACGAAAACCGAGUUGAAGUUGGCGGACUUGAGCGAGAUUUGUUCCGCGAUGGUGACAUCUGGCAGGGCCUACGCGAAACAGAUGAAAAGCCCGUGUCCGCUUAUGUACUCGUACUAUCAGAUAGAGUAUUUAGGCGCCGCCCACGGCAUUUCCUCCAUCUUGCAAGCCUUGAUGUCCGUGCCGGGGUUUUUGGACGCUCAUCCCGACGUCAAGGAUGACGUCAGGAGCUGCGUGGAUUAUGUUUUGGGAUUGCAAACGUCGGAGGGUAAUUUUCCGGCAGCGACGGACGAAAUCGGUUUGGGGGCCGACUUGGUCCACUGGUGCCACGGCGCAGGCGGUAUAGUGUACAUGAUGGCCAAGGCCUACCUGACAUUCAACGACACAAAUUACCUGGACUCGUGCAAACUCAUAUCCGAAUUGAUUUGGAGUAAAGGCCUGCUGAAAAAAGGCCCUGGGAUUUGCCACGGCGUGGCCGGAAACGGAUACGUUUUCCUGCUGCUCUACAGACUCACCAUGAACGUGAAGUAUUUGCACAGAGCCAUUUGUUUUUAUCGCUUCAUGGAAACUGAGCAGUUUAAAAAAGAUUCCCGGGUCCCAGAUUAUCCCUACAGUUUGUACGAAGGUUUGGCCGGCGCAGCCUGUUAUUUGGCCGAUUUGGGAGACCCCAUGGGGGCGUUUUUCCCCUUUUCAGAUGUCUUCUUGUUAAACGCCUAAGUUUUUGACUAAACCGUGUAAAUAAAACUGUAACUGUCAGC